GUUCACUAUCAUUCAAUGGUGAACGAACGUGUGAAUCCUAACCUUUACGUUGAUGGAAAAGUAUGCCUUUCUCUACUUGGGACAUGGCAUGGAGUUCACGCGUCUGAGCAUUGGGAUGCUGAAAAAUCUAGUGUUUUUCAAAUUGCCAUCUCUAUUCAAAGUUUGAUUCUAAAUAUGGAGCCCUAUUUCAACGAAGCUGGUUUCGAUGUCUCUCGGGGCAGCGAGUUUGGUACUGAGUCAUCGCGAGUUUACAACGAGACCAUAAUCAUUGCGGUUGCCCAAUCCAUGCUUUCGUUGUUGUCCAAACAGCGCAAGAUUGUCCGUAAAGUUGAGGAUAGACUCGAAAUGUCAGGUCGGGAUUUUGACUCAGACGUAGAGCAAGCAGGGCAGGUCAAAAUGUCGGAUGGAGAAAGAGCUGAUUCAAUCAUCACGGUAUUCAGUAGUGAGAUAAAUACCCAUUUCAGCAAGAACCUUCCAAAGUGA